CCCGCGCCCACCUCGGCGUCUUUGCGCUCCGCAGCGGCGCGCCUCGCCGGGCGCCCCCGCCAGUCCUGCCGGAAGAUGGUCAACGACCGGUGGAAGACCAUGGGCGGCGCUUCCCAACUUGAGGACCGGCCGCGUGACAAGCCGCAGCUCUCUCUUCCUGAGUCUGCACGGCAGACACCCACGUGUGGGGCAGGGCGUGUCAUUAUUGCCUCCACUUUACAGUGGCCAAGCUGCGGCUACGUGCUGUGCACGGUGCUGCUCUCGCUGGCGGUGCUGCUGGCCGUGGCCGUCACGGGCGCCGUGCUCUUCCUGAACCACACCCACGUGCCAGGCACGGCGCCCCCGCCCGUCGUCAGCACCGGGCCCGCAGGUGCCAACAGCGCCCUGGUCACCGUGGAGAGGGCCGACAGCUCUCGCCUCAGCAUUCUCAUCGACCCGCGCUGCCCCGACCCCGCCGACGGCUUCGCCCGCCUGGAGGGCGCCCAGGCCUCCGUGCUGCAGGCCCUGGCGGAGCUUCAGGCCCAGCCGAGGCUGGCAGGCGAGCGGGAGCGGGAGCUUCUGGACACCCUGGUGGACCAGCUGCCCCGGCUGCUGGCCCGGGCCUCGGAGCUGCAGGCAGAGUGUGUGGGGCUGCGGAAGGGCCUCGGCGUGCUGGGCCAGGGGCUCGGCGCCCUGCAGAGCGAGCAGGGCCGCCUCAUCCAGCUUUUCUCCGAGAGUCAAGGCCACAUGGCUCACCUGGUGAACUCGGUCAGUGACGUACUAGACGCCCUGCAGAGGGACCGGGGGCUGGGCCGGCCCCGCGUCAAGGCUGACCUUCAGAGGGCGCCUGCCAGGGGAUUGCGGCCCCGGGGCUGCGCCAGCGGCUCUCCGCCACGCGACUGCCUGGACGUGCUCCUGAGCGGACAGCAGGAGGAUGGCAUUUACUCAGUCUUCCCCACACACUACCCUGCCGGCUUCCAGGUCUACUGUGACAUGCGCACAGACGGCGGCGGCUGGACGGUGUUUCAGCGCCGGGAGGACGGCUCCGUGAACUUCUUCCGAGGCUGGGAAGCGUACCGGGAUGGCUUCGGCAAGCUCACGGGGGAGCACUGGCUAGGGCUCAGGAGGAUCCACGCUCUGACCACGCAGGCCGCCUACGAGCUCCACGUGGACCUCGAGGACUUCGAGAACGGCACGGCCUACGCCCGCUACGGGAGCUUUGGCGUGGGCUUGUUCUCCGUGGACCCGGAGGAAGACGGCUACCCGCUCACCGUGGCCGACUACUCGGGCACUGCAGGGGACUCCCUCCUGAAGCACAGCGGCAUGAGGUUCACCACCAAGGACCGCGACGGUGACCACUCAGAGAACAACUGCGCGGCCUUCUACCGCGGCGCCUGGUGGUACCGCAACUGCCACACGUCCAACCUGAACGGGCAGUACCUGCGGGGCGCGCACGCCUCCUACGCCGACGGCAUCGAGUGGUCCUCCUGGACCGGCUGGCAGUACUCGCUCAAGUUCUCCGAGAUGAAGAUCCGGCCGGUCCGCGAGGACCGCUAG